AAGGAGAGAGCGCACGGAGAGAGAAAAGCAGAGCUUAUAGUGGCAAGGCAGCAGCGCCGCUGACACGAGUGAAGGGACCCCGUGGCGAUUUCCACCACCUCUCUCUCCGCACAGCUUAACCUGCGCCUUCUGAGACGGACUCCGACAUCGGGACUAGAGGCGAUACACUCAGCCACCUUUUGGUUUUGGACUCGUUUGAUUAAUCAGCAGACCCUGAGGUGGACGAAAGGAGAGGGGGGGGGGGGUCCUCAUUUCCCCCACCGCGGACCGAGGAGUUGUGUGUGUGUGUGUGUGUUUAUGUGUUAUACGCGUUGCUUGUAAUGGGGAAAAGUGGACAGAGAAGUGGAAUAGGACACGGGGGUUGCAGCUUGGUGAGGAUGUGCACCACGCCGGGGAUCCUGCUCCUCCUGGUGCUCGUACACCGAGGAGUCGCCCAAGUGAGAGAUGAUGAUGAUUUCCUGAGUCUCAGCGAACUCCCGGAAACCUUCCCCUCCGACCCUCCGGAGCCCUUACCUCACUUCCUGUUCGAACCCGACGAAGGCUACAUUGUCAAGAAUAAACCUGUCAAUCUCUACUGCAAAGCGACGCCUGCCACGCAGAUUUACUUCAAGUGCAACAGUGAGUGGGUCCAUCAGAAGGACCACACUGUGGAGGAGAGGGUGGACGAAAACUCAGGUCUGGUCGUAAGAGAAGCCAGUAUAGAAAUUACACGGCAGCAGGUCGAGGAGCUGUUUGGUCCUGAAGAUUACUGGUGCCAGUGCGUGGCCUGGAGCUCCGCUGGAACCACCAAAAGCCGCAAGGCACACGUCCGCAUCGCAUACCUGAAGAAGUCAUUCGAACAGGAACCUCUGGGAAAGGAAGUAUCUCUGGAGCAGGAAGUGCUGUUACAGUGUCGACCUCCGGAGGGCAUACCAUCUGCUGAGGUGGAGUGGUUGAAGAACGAAGAAAUAAUUGACCCAGCAGAGGACAGAAACUUCUACAUCACCAUCGACCACAACCUGAUCAUCAAACAGGCGCGUCUGUCUGACACAGCCAACUACACAUGUGUGGCUAAGAACAUAGUAGCCAAAAGACGAAGCACCACAGCCACUGUCAUUGUUUACGUGAACGGUGGUUGGUCAACAUGGACGGAGUGGUCGGUGUGUAACAGUCGCUGUGGACGGGGUUUCCAGAAACGAACCCGCAGCUGCACUAACCCCGCCCCUCUCAACGGAGGACUGCCGUGUGAUGGACAGGCCAUUCAGAAACUGCCCUGUACCACACUGUGCACUGUGGACGGCGUGUGGACAGAGUGGAGUAAGUGGUCAGCCUGUGGGACAGAGUGCACUCAGUGGAGGAGGAGGGAUUGCAACAACCCAGCACCUAAAAACGGAGGAAAGGACUGCGAUGGGCUGGUGCUCCAGUCUCAGAACUGUACCAACGGACUCUGCAUGCAAAGUUCAUUGUUUCAGAUGUCAACUGAGACCAAAGCAAAGAGUGAUUUGGGAAUCCCAUCAGCUCCAAGCACAGAUGACGUGGCACUCUACGUGGGCAUUGUCAUCGCAGUGAUCAUGUGCCUGGUCAUCUCUGUCAUCGUGGCGCUCUUUGUCUACCGCAAGACGCACCGUGACUUUGACUCGGACAUCAUCGACACCUCGGCACUAAACGGAGGCUUCCAGUCUGUUAAUAUCAAAACAGCCAGAUCAGCUGAUCUACUGACAGCUCCUCCUGACUUGACAAAUGCAGCUGCCAUGUACCGUGGUCCAGUGUAUGCCCUCCACGAUGUUUCAGAUAAAAUCCCAAUGACCAACUCCCCUCUCCUGGACCCUCUACCCAACUUGAAGAUCAAAGUGUACAACUCAUCUGGUCUGGUCACACCGCAGGAUGACCUUGGAGGAGACUUCACAUCCAAACUGUCUCCUAAGGUAACUCAGUCUCUGUUGGAGAGCAGCGACACCAUGAACCUUCGCAACCAGAGCUUGGCCCGAACACGAGACCCUUCCUGUACCGCUCACGGAUCCUUCAACAACCAGGGAGGACACCUCAUUGUACCCAACUCUGGUGUGAGUUUGUUGGUUCCAGCGGGUGCCGUUCCUCAGGGUAGGGUGUACGAGAUGUAUGUGACUGUGCACAGGAAGGAGAGCUUGAGACCACCGGUAGAGGACAUCCAGACAGUGCUGAGCCCAGUGGUGAGUUGUGGACCUCCAGGAGCCCUGCUGACCAGACCAGUGAUCCUCACCAUCCACCACUGUGCUGAUAAUGUCGAGGAAGACUGGCUCAUACAGCUGAAGAACCAACUGGCCAUGGGAGAGUGGGAGGAUGUGGUUGUGGUAGGAGAGGAAAACUUCACCACCCCCUGCUAUGUGCAGAUGGACUUGGAGGCAUGUCACAUCCUAACAGAGACACUGGGGACUUACUGCCUGGUAGGCCAGUCAAUCUGCAAGGCAGCCGCCAAGAGGCUCAAACUUGCUGUUUUUGGACCCGUAUCCUGCACAACUUUGGACUAUCAUAUCAGGGUCUAUUGUCUGGACGACACACAGGAUGCACUCAAGGAGGUUCUUCAGAUGGAGACACAGAUGGGAGGGAAGCUUCUGGAUGAGCCAAAGACCCUGAACUUUAAAGACAGCACACACAAUCUGAGACUGUCAAUCCACGAUGUGCCGCACACACACUGGAAGAGCAAACUCAUCGCCAAGUAUCAGGAGAUCCCAUUCUACCAGGUGUGGAGUGGCAGUCAGAGAACUCUUCACUGCACCUUUACCCUGGAGAGACUGAGCCCCGCCACCACGCAGAUCAGCUGCAAACUGUGUGUACGGCAGGUGGAAGGGGAGGGACAGAUCUUUCAGCUCAGCAACACAUUAGAGGAGGACGUCCAGUGCAUAGACACGUCCUUGAUGGACCCAGCCAGUAAUAUCACAACCUUAGUGGGACCCAAUGCCUUCCGCAUUCCUUUAUCCAUCAGACAGAAGCUGUGUGGCAGUCUAGAUGCACCACAGACCAGAGGCAAUGACUGGAGGAUGCUGGCACACAAACUCAACCUUGACAGGUACCUGAACUACUUUGCCACCAAGUCCAGUCCGACAGGUGUGAUCCUGGACCUGUGGGAGUCCCAGCACUUCCCGGACGGAGACCUAAAUGAACUGGCCGCCGUGCUGGAAGAGAUGGGUCGCCAUGACGGUAGCUUUGCCUCCAUGACAACGGAACACUGCUGAGGCACUGUGGUUACCGUGACAAUGACAGAACUCCGGAGACGACGACAAGCAAAAUUCUCUACGGCUGAUGCCGCAGCAAGAGCAACGAACGAAUUAGAUGACUGAGCCGUGGUGAUUGAGCACCGGGUUAACACCACGGUAAUCAUGCCUGCACGGUAACAGACGAGAGAUGCUCGAGCUGGUGCUAGAAACUAUGCGUGUAUCUUUGUGUGUUAAUUAGAGCAACGUUUCAGUGCGCUGUGUGACCGAAGGAGACAUAACCCAACCCACAACACAAACACAGUCUAUCAGGAACAAACAAAACAUACACACGUCUGGUGUAAUACUCGUUGUUUUCUUGUUGUUACUUUAUACUGAACAAAGAGAAGCAGAGAAAAGAAGCAACAGAGGUACUGACCUUGCAAACCCUCUAUAGGAAUGGAACAGAAUCAUAAAGGGAGGGAAGCUAAACUGAUUACAAACGAAUAGGAGAAGUUAGAGUGAGGAAAAAGAGGGAGUGAGUCAGAGACAAGACUCUUUAGCAAGACGAGAGUAAACUAAGGGAGAGGAUAAGCUGAUUACAAAAGGGAGGCAGGACGUAAACAUGGACUGAUGGAAGAAGCCGCAGGUGAUCCUCUGUACAAACAGGAUGGAGAACGGAUAAUGAGAGAGGGGAGAUAAAGAGGUGAUCCCUCACUUGUGAGCCAUGGCUGUACUAGUUUUGCCAGUACAGUUUCUUGUCUUUAUAUCGUUUCCUAGGGAAAGCUCUGUGUAUUCUGCUGUCCAUAUGUGUGGAUCGUUUCCCGCUAACAGUGUGUCAUUUGCUACACUGUCAAUCAAGGGUCCUGACCAGAAACAAGACUAAGACCACAUGUUUCCCCUUCUUAUGCUGACAUCAUAAGGGAUGUUUUAAUUUGUGUUAUAUUAAGUAUCGAGUUUGUGGCUUACCUCCAAUAUGCAUUUAGAUAUUAAGUCCUCCAGGUCACAGGAAGUCAAGAAGUACUAAGUCAAAGAGCAACUGAACUUGCUGUCCAUUUGUCUUUAACUUGUGCCUCUGAUUAUCUUAUUAAAACACAAUCCAAAGGUGACAACGCUCCUGGUGGAUUCAAGUAAACGCCUAUUUCUUGUUCUCCGUUUUCAGCAGUGUAUGAUUGUGACAGACUUGUAAAACUGUCUGUUUAGAGGUAUAUUCAAGAUUCCACCUAUGAUAAACAGAUAAACAGGGCAAAGAGGCAGACUGUCAGCUGCAUUCUCAUACAUAGUACAAAAUAUGUUUGUUUUAUUGGAAUCAGUGUUUACUCAUUUUAAAAUGGUAUAUUUUUAUUCAGGUGAAUUAAAGAAACUGCAAAACAAUUUCUGUAGUUGUUGGUGCGUUCACCAGGAUCUUCAAGUGACAAAUGCAUUCCUUCAGUAAAAUCAAGUGUUAACUUGUGUUGCUUCUGCUCCAUUCCUCCCCAAAGAGGAGUAGUUUGGAUGAGGCUCUAUAGUGCAGACGCAGGAUGCGGAAUUCCAGCCAUGGCUAUACCACAUCUGGUUAACCACAACCUCGAUUCGAGGAGUGUCUCUGAUAGACUGUCACAGCUUGUUUCUGGACAGGGUCCAACUCAGCGAAAACUGAAAGGAAGCAAAAAGGGAUGAACUAAAAGAUAAAACACGAGUGUUUUUAAAUACGGUGAUAUACAAACUACCAUAGUAUUAUGUGAUAGUGAGUUAAAUACAACUGAUAUCAUUCAUUACCGCUAAAUGUACGCAAUAUACUGAUUUUAUCAAUCAUAUUUUAAUUUACUAAAAUAUAUAUAGCCUACGAAUAUGUAUUUCUGACAAUAUUUUUGGCUCUCAUCACAGGAUGUCAGUUGUGUUGUCUGCCAUCAGGUCACGUGUGAUUUCAAUUGUGGUCACCACCAUGACUUGAUCAUGGUCACUAGCACCAUCCAGUGGCUUUUGGAGAAUAGCAGCAUUUACAUUUUGUCUGAAAUGUGUAAAUACAUUAUUAUCAUGUUCAUUCUAAUGACCUUUUAAUAUCAUAAUAUUUUUGUUCAGUUGUCAUUUUUGUGUUAUUUACAUUCACAUUAUUUUUCUUGCCAUAUUUAUGUUUUUAUAGGUGUGACCUGUAUGUAACUUAUCAGUUAUUUGCCCUUCUAAAACAAUGUUCUGUCUGCGACUCACAUUCCAACUCGUGGUGUAUUUGUCGAAAAAGUUGCAAUUUAAAGCUAAAUCUCAAAAUACCAACUCAAGGGGCCUACUGUAUGUAAAAUGAUGUGUAAUAUAUUUGUGUUUUGCAGAACAUAUUGUGGAGCAGGGCUGGCUUUCAAAUGUUUGUGUAGACACGGGUCAACAGUGUCUAACUGAAAGAUUAAACUCCAACAAGCCAGCUUUGAGGGAGGAAAAACAGCCUUAUUUUUAGUGACUUUCAGGGCUGUCAGAUGCCCCCUGAGGACGGGAAAUCUAUUCACCAUCUAGAGGACAAAAUUAACUUUCAGCUCAAAGGGAAUACAAAAAAUCUGGAGUUAAGAUUCUGCUCCGAACUACGGAGAGACGCCAUAUGAAACGGAACAUCAGGUAUGCAGGAGAUACUGAGGAGGAUAUUGUAAAGAACACAGAGUAGGCAAAGACUAUGUUGAAACAAAAGGUCAGCUCUUUACAUCUUUGUGACAGUUGUCAUCUUGCGGCUGUCCGCACAAAAGAAAACUUUGAGACAAUAAUUUGACGCAUUGAUUCCCCAUAAAUAUGGGAGGAAAGAAAUCUGAGCUCUUGUUUUGAUGUAAAACCAGACGUAGAAGGCAUGCAGGCCUCAAAAUUAGGAAUCUUUUUAUUUCGGACAGCCUAAUUAACCAAAUUAGAAAAGGUGUAAGGUCAAAUGACAGAGUGGAUGUUUUGUAUGUUUUCAAAUGUAACCACAGAUUUCUAUAAGUUUUCAGGAUUAAAGCCUAAAACAUCAAGUCAUCAGUAUAUUUCAGAAGAAAAUAUCAACCCAAGUUCAUGACAGUGUCUCAUUCAUAUACAAUGUGAUCAUCAACAUCUCUUAUUAAUAACUCAAGUGCAGAACAGAAAAUCAAAUGACAACUGAUGAUACGUGUGCAAGUAGAGGAUUUGUUAAGAAAUUGAAGUUACAAGUUACAGUGUAACCACGAUGUGAUCCUUGGCAUGUUGUUAGUCUACAGUUUACCAGCAGGACAGAAAAGUUGAGUUUUCAUACGAGGAUGGCAAAUGUUAGGCCUCCAGAAGGUGAUCCUUCUUGAUGUGGAAAUGAAGAAGGUAGUGUUAAGAUAACAAAUUAUGUAAAAAAUAUUUUGUAUUCACAAUAUGUACAGUUGUGUACUGUCAGCUAUAUUUGGCAAAUUUGAGAAUAUAAAAAAGAGCAGUACAGUUAGAUACUAGUUUGUAUGUUUCUUUCUUUUUUUGUAAAAGCAGUGUCUACUAUGCAAACUUGGCAUUGGUUAUCAUGAUAGCAGUCUAUAACUAGAGCUGUGCUUGUAAGUGCAUUUUUAUUUUACUAUCAGGGGUGAUUUGAUUUAGUUAGUGUGGGGUAGUGAUGGUCCACUUUUGCUAAUUCUGGCACGCUUCAUGAAUCUUGCUCAAUCUUGCUGAAUGCUCGCCUCUCUAUUUCCUCUAACUGUUUUCUGUACAAAGUGUAAGAAAGAAUUUUUAAGACAAUUAAUAAAUUAUAUUUAUAAGCAAUGCUGAAAA